AUGGGAUGCAAGCAGAAAGUGAAUGGCCAUUUAUUCGAUAUGUACUCGGUAUACGUGCUGAAAGACCAGCAUUUUACUGAUAAGGUUCGUCGUACUCCCCCACUUCCGCCACGAGGAGCCACGGUAAUCAAAGAAACUACCGUAUACCUUGCGCCAAGAGUUCGCCACUGGUUCCAACGUCCACUGCCGAAUCGCCCACCUCCACCUAUGCAACCGAAUAGGCCACGUCCACUACCGCCCCAGCCUAAAGCGACGUGGUGGGAAUAUGCCAAGUAUUACCAGUCUCCCCAUCAGGAGUGCGUGACAUGUGCCGUCAUUCCUGCUGGAUCUAGUGGCAAGUAA